AUGUCGGCGCCGCCCGAAGCCGCCGAGUCCUCGCGCGCCCGCCAGCAGCCGGAGGAGGAGCCGUCCGACGACGCCCCCCAGCGCCGCCGGUGGGUGGCCCUCGGCUUGAUGACAGGCGGGCCGCACCGCGCCGGGGACGAGCGCCACCGCCGCAUCCUCCGCGGCCGCGACCUCCUGCUCGACCUCCACGACCCGCCGGCCGCCUCCACCCUGGUGCUGCGCGCCAACCUCACCACCUUGUUCCCCAUCAUCUUCGUCGCCGACUCCUCCUCCGCCCGCCUCCUCUACUUCCUCUGCGACGCCCGCGCCCGCACCGCCGACCGCCUCCCCGCCGUGCCCUCCUCCGAGCUCGCCGGCCCCGACGCCUGCCCGCUCGGCGGCCUCGACCUCUGCCCGCGCCGCAGCAUCGGCCUCAUCGCCGACCCGGACCACGCCGGCCACUUCAUGGUCGCCCAGCUCCACCCCGUCCCCGCCACCCGCCACGCCUUCAUCCUCUUCUACUCCACCGCCACCCGCCGCUGGGCCACCAAGCAGCUCGCCUCCGCCCCGGAGCACAAGCGCUGGGGCGGCCACGGCGUCCUCGCCCACCAAGGCCUCCUCUGGUGGGUCGACGUCGCCUACGGGAUGGUCGUCUGCAACCCCUUCGACGACGCGCCGCACCUGCGCCUCGUCCCGCUCCCGGACGGCUGCGCCCUGCGGGGCGUCGAGGUGGAGCGCAACUUCUACGGCUGGCAAAGGACCCGCGCGUACCUCGACCAGCGCCGCUUCAUCAGGCCCAGCGAGGGCAAGCUGCGAUACGUCGAGAUCCGCGGCUUCAACUACGACACGGCCGCCGCCGCCGCCGAGCCCCGAACGACCCCGCCGUCUGGAUCAAUAAACCUUGUCUGGAUGUGGACGCUCCUCGACCCCGACGGCCCCAACCCCUGGGAGUUGGAGUACGAGGCGCCCUUCGCCGAGAUCUGGGCCCACGACAGCUACGUCGCCGCCGGCCUGCCGCCGGACAAGGUCCCCAACCUCGCCCUCGUCGACCCCGACAACCACGGCGUCGUCUACUUCUUCCAGGGCACGCGGCUCUUCGGCGUGGACGUGCGCGCGAGGCGGGUCGUGGCCUGCGGCGACUGCGUCAUAGGCGACACUCCGAUUGAGAUGGGCGGAAACCUAUCCUCCCGCUUCGUCGAGGCCUGGGUGCCGCCGGAACCUGAUACAUGCUCACAGCCUGCUAGAUCAUUUUCAGUGUGUGCUGACUUCUCUGAUCAUUUUCGUCCCCUGUUACCAUUUACUAGGCAGUUACCAAUCAUGCUUGCUUGUGCAGAAUAGAAUUGCUCUCAACUUUUGCACUUGCUGUUAGUCAAGAUUCUGUUACUACUGUUACCAUUUGUUCCUCUUGCCCAGUUUCUGAUUCACGUCUCUGAUUUUUUUUUUAGGGAAAUUCAUGUCUCUGAUUUUACUACCAUUUAUUUGGAUUAUUACUGUUUGCAAUUGCUGACCCAAACCCAAUUGCCCGUUACAAAAAGGGUUCCUCUCGUGUAGAUGAGUACUGAAGUUGCAUUGAUUAAUAUUCUGUUCCUUCAGUAAGCUGUGGCUUUUGUUUGAAGAUUGCAUAUACAAAUCACCAUUCCAAGAUAUCACUAAUCUGUUAUUUUUUUGACGGGAAUACUACUCUGUUAUUUGCAGUCGAAAUUCUAACUGUGCUUAGGAUUUACCAAUCAUGCUUGCUUGUGCAGGAUAGAAUUGCUCUGAACUUUUUUGCAGUUUCUGUUAGUCAAGAUUCUGUUACUACUGUUACCAUUUGUUCUUCUUGCCCAGAUUGUGAUUCAUGUCUCUGAUUUUCUUUUUUUUAAUGGAAAUUCAUGUCUCUGAUUUUACUACCAUUUGGAUCAUUGCUGUUUGCAAUUACCCGCUUCAGCAAUAUACGAGUAUAUGAUACGACUAGCACCACCUUUAAUUAUUACUGCUGUUUUGCACGCAGAUCGGACUCCGCAGAG